AUGGAAAGGUUUGAGCAAUCAAUUCAAGUGACAAAGGAAAAUAUUGCAAUCUUGAUCAAUGAAAAUCAAAUUUUUGAAAAGCCUAGUGAAGAACAAGAUGUCUCUUGUGAAAUUUUGAAUAGGAAAGACAGGGCCAUUGAGGUGGAGCAGGAGCUUUUUGUUGAUAUGUCUAAUGUAAGUGAGAUUAACGAUGAAAAGAACGAUAAAAAUGCUGAUGACGGGCAACUAGAGUUUGAAAUGAGGACACUAUUAGUUGAAUUUGAACAUACUGGAACUUUAACUUUGAUAUUACUUGUCUAUGUUGAUGAUGUCAUUCUCACUAAAAACUCUAUUGAUGCUAUAACUGAGUGUAAGCUUGCUUUACACUCGAAGUUUACUAUUAAAGAUUUGGGACCCAUGAAAUAUUUUUUGGGUCUAGAGAUUGCUAGAUCCAAUCAAGCAAUUGUCAUUAGUCAAAUUAAAUAUAUUUCUGAUGUAUUGAAGGAUGCAGGCAUGUUUAAUUGUAAGCCUGCCUCCUGCCCUUUACCUCAAGGUUUACACUUAUCCCCUGAUACAGGGGAGCCUUUUGAUACACUUGAUCUGUAUAGAAGGCUCCUUGGCAGAUUGCUUUACAUUAAUCUCACAAGACCUGAUAUUUGCUAUGCUGUCCAGCACUUAAGCCAGUUUAUGAGCAUGCCCCGAAAGCCCCAUUGGGAGGCUGCUUUACAUGUGCUUCGUUAUCUUAAAGGGUCUUUACAUCAAGGCCUUUAUUUUCCUGUAAGUGCUAACAUGUCAUUGAAUGCAUAUUGUGACUCUGAUUGGGCUGCUUGUACCUAUUCCAGAAAGUCACUUUCUGGUUAUUGUAUAUACUUGGGACCUUGCCUUAUCUCUUGGAAGACUAAGAAACAACCUACUAUUUCUAAAUCUUCAACCGAGGCUGAGUAUCAUGCCAUGGCUAACACAGUAUGUGAACUCCUCUGGAUUAGCUACAUUUUGCAGGAUUUGCAGGUUACAAUCCCAUUGCCAAUCCCAUUGCACUGUGACAGCAAGACGGCCAUGCACAUAGCUGCGAACCCGGUAUUUCAUGAACGUACCAAGCACAUUGAAAUAGACUGCCACCUGGUGAGAGAUCAGCUUCAACAAGGGUUCAUACUGCCUCAUUAUCUCCCUACCGAAAAACAGUUGGCAGACAUCUUUACAAAAGUCUUGCCUGCAAGUCGUCAUGAUAGUCUCACUCACAAGUUGAACUUUCUGCCUUUACCAGCUUCAACUUGA